AUGCUUAUGGUAAAGCUAGACCACAUGCAGCAAAGUGUUCUGCAACUACAGACCGAAUUUUCCAAGCACCGGGAAGAAGCUGCGCAAUGCCAAAAUAACAGCGAUAAGAACCUGGUCGAGAUUAAAAGGGCCGUGCAGAACAAUUUCGAUUCGAUGCGUCGAUUAGAGGAUGAUGUUGGACGCAACUUUACUCUCCUACAGGAACGAUCAUGGCAGAUCUUGACGCAAAUACCUACGCGUGUUACAACGAAGACCAAUCCUCUUUCAUAUGUACCCUAUCGUUCGUGCAGUGACAUUCGGAAUGCACAGUCUGGGGCAUAUAUUAUCCAGACGAACGGUGCAAGUAACCCUUUUAUGGCGUACUGUCAGAGGGAUGUGAAGGAUGGAGACAGCUGGUUGGUGAUACAGCACCGAUUCGAUGGAUCGAUAAACUUCUAUCGCAACUGGACCGAGUAUCGGAAUGGUUUUGGUGACAUUGAGCAAGAGUUCUGGAUCGGACUGGAACGACUAUAUCAGCUGACAUCGGGGCGACCCCAUGAACUGAUGGUUGAGCUAAGAAACAUUAACGGAACUUAUCAAUUUGCACUCUACGCAGCAUUCGAGAUCGGCAGUGAAGCCGAACAAUACAAUCUGAAAACCCUUGGAGCGUACAACGGAACUGCAGGGGAUUCUCUGUCAUAUGACAAGAAUAUGAAAUUCUCGACGUACGAUCGUGAUAAUGACAUAUUGGAGCCAGGAAAUUGUGCCGUAAUGAAUGAGGGUGCCUGGUGGUACAAAAACUGCUAUAGUUCCAAUUUGAACGGGCGAUACAAAGACAUAAACAAAAAAAAAAUGAUCAACUGGUACGCCUACAAUAACUCCCUAGAAGGACUGUCCUUUUCAAGAAUGAUGAUACGACCAAAAGAAUAA